GUGAUACAAAUACCCUGGAGUUUAUACUUGCAUAUCUCUCUCCAUUCACAUAUGAUCCAAACACCUUUUCAUCUUCCGUCUUGCCAUCCGCUCCCAUCGUCCGUCAUCUUUAGGCAAUACAACUUAUCCCUCCUUGACAGGUUGAUCCAGAUACCUUUAUCAAGGUUAUUGUCGUCGUCAUCAUGCUUGUCCCACAACUUGUUUUGACCACUUCCCUGGCGACGUUGUCUCUGGCUGCCCCCCACAGAGACUCGCCCCAACAGCGCCUGGCUGCCGGUCUUGAGCUCCCAGAGAAAUACCUGACCAGUGGCAAAGCUAAACAGAACCCAUAUACUCCUGACUAUCGUGAUCCUUAUGACCGAGCCGUAGAUCCUGAGAGGGACGAUCUUGACCCGCUUCCAUGGCGCAAUGGAUUGGGCCAGUCCGUUCUGGGGCCGUGGAAUCCGACCCGCUCGCGCCAAAGUCCCGACCUCGUCCGCCCGCCCAGUACAGAUCAUGGCAACAUGGCCAACAUGCGGUGGAGCUUUGCAGACUCGCACGUGAGGAUUGAGGAAGGAGGAUGGACCCGGCAGACGACAGUACGCGAGCUGCCGACCUCCAACGAGCUAGCCAGCGUCAACAUGCGCCUGGGCGAGGGCGUCAUCCGCGAGCUGCACUGGCAUAAGGAGGCCGAGUGGGCCUACGUCCUCGACGGGUCGGUGCGCAUCACCGCUCUCGACUACGAAGGAGGCAACUUCAUCGACGACCUCGAGAAGGGCGACCUGUGGUAUUUUCCUAGCGGCGUGCCUCACAGCCUGCAGGGGUUGAGUCCCAAUGGCACCGAGUUUUUGCUUAUCUUUGACGAUGGCCGCUUCUCGGAGGAGAGCACUUUCAUCCUGACAGACUGGCUUGCACACACCCCCAAGUCCGUCAUCGCUGAAAACUUCCACCUCGACCCGGAGGUCUUCAAGCACCUCCCCGCCGGCGAGAAGUACAUCUUCCAGGGCUCCAACCCAGGCUCCAUUGACGAGGAGCAACCCAAGGGCAAGCAUGUCAAGAAGUCCAAGCUCAACUUCUCGCACAAGAUGCUCGCCCAGGAACCCGAGGUCACCUCGGGCGGCGAGGUGCGCAUCACCGACUCGACCAACUUCCCCAUUUCCAAGACCGUCGCCGCCGCCCACGCCGUCAUCCAGCCGGGCGCCCUGCGCGAGAUGCACUGGCACCCCAACGCCGACGAGUGGAACUUCUUCCUCCGUGGUAAGGCGCGCAUCACCAUCUUCGCGGCUGAGGGCACCGCGCGGACCUUUGACUAUGUGCCCGGUGAUGUUGGUAUCGUGCCUCGAAACCAUGGUCACUUUGUCGAGAAUAUCGGUGACGAGCCCAUCGAGAUGCUUGAGGUCUUUAGGGCAGACCAGUUCCAGGACUUUUCUCUGUUCCAGUGGAUGGGCGAGACGCCGCAGCGUAUGGUUGCCGACCAUCUGUUCAAGGACGACCCGGAUAAUGCGGCGAGAUUCCUGGCCGAGAUCAAGGGUGCCAAGAAGGACCCUGUCACCAAAUUUGGUGUGAAUUUUGACAAGACCAAUGGUGAGGCUGGUGGCGAUGAGAAGGAGUUGUGAGGUGUGGCGAUGCAAGGCUGUGAGCCUGCUCCUGUUUAUGUAAGAUGUGAAAAAUCAUGACCUCUGGGUAACCAUUUGAAGGAAAACGAAAGUUGCAAAUUUGCGAUGUAACAUCUUGUACAUUGAGACACCUAGACCUCGAUUGCCAAUAUACGUCUAACACCCC